AUGUACCACAACUUCUUCAAGCACAUCGACAUCGAGCCUUCAAACGCGCAUAUUUUAGACGGCAACGCCGCGGACUUGGAGCUAGAGUGCCACAACUUCGAGAAGAAGAUCCAGGAAGCGGGAGGCGUGGACCUCUUCAUCGGAGGAAUCGGCCCGGACGGGCACAUUGCAUUCAACGAGCCCGGCUCGUCGCUGGCUUCUCGCACCAGAGUCAAGUCCCUGGCCCAGGACACGCUCGAGGCGAACAAGCGCUUCUUCGACAACGACAUCGAGAAGGUACCCAAGCAGGCGCUCACUGUCGGAGUCGGCACUGUCAUGGACGCCAAAGAGGUCAUGAUCCUCAUCACCGGGUCACAUAAAGCCUUUGCGCUCUACAAGGCCAUUGAGGAGGGCAUUAAUCACAUGUGGACUGUCUCUGCCUUCCAGCAACACCCACACGCGCUUUUUAUCUGCGACGAGGACGCCACGCUAGAGCUUCGCGUUAAGACGGUCAAGUACUUCAAGGCUCUCAAAAAGUAA